CAUGUGGCGGUGGCUAUAAUAAGGAUUAUACGGUGGCGAAUUACAACAAGCAAAUCUCUCUCAAAAAAAAUCUAACAAUUGGUGUAUGAGUGUGUGUGUGCCAAAAUGUGUGUUUUACUAUAGUAGCCAAACCAAAAAAAGAAAAAACGACAACAAAAAAAAUUUUAUUACUUUGCUAAUGUUAGACAUACCUGUAAUGGUAUAGCAAAAGCAGAAAAAUCUAACAACAACAACAACAAAAAAUACAAAUACUAAAAGCUUGAGAUAUGGAUAAAACUUUAUGUACUACCUACCAAGUGUGUAUGGGCAUUACAUCUCUAAAACUAUGGGAAUGAGGCUAGAAUAAGCAAAAACCAAUUCAAACAAAAACAACAUCAGCAUCAGCAUCUCGACAUCAACAACCGCAACAAAAACAAAAGUUCUGCUUUCGGUUACAAAUUGAAAAAGGACGUGUUGGAUUUUCAAGAAUAUAAUAACACCAAACAGCAAUUGAAACAAAACAAAAACAAACAAAGAUAUUCGUUGAAGGCAAAAAAGGCCUUAAGGCAUAAAUCUUCCAAAAACCAAAUCCUCUUAAAAUUUUAAAAAUAAGAAUGGAAAAAUCUCUCUUAUUUCUCAACCGGCAAUAUGUUUGUGAUAAAAUGCCAAAGUAAAUUAGUGGGGCAACUCUGCCACGGUGCUAUAAAAGUGUAAUGGAAACUUUAUUUAGAGGCCAAAUUAACUAAAAUACAAAAGUGUAGGAAAUAAACCAAACAAAACAAAAGCCAGCAAAAAUUUGCUAAUAAUCGCAAAACAAUAACAAAGCCAUAAAGGAAAUAUAAAAAUUAACAUAACAAGAGAAUAACAACUACCCACAACAACAACAACAACAACAGAAACAGAAAUAAUCUCCCCUAAAUUCUGCUGAGCCAGCAACAGCAGCAGCAGCAUCACUACCACUACCACUAUCAACAACAGAAACAAUAGAAAAUAACCAUCAGUUUGACACAAACAGCAUGGAUGUUCUAGCAAAGGCAAAUCAAAUGGACCCAUCGAAAACUUUAGAAAAAACCAAAAUGUUGGACAUAACCAGAGAUAGACCCGUUAAAGUGGCUGUAAAGGUAGCAGUGCCUGUUAGAGAUCAUCCAAAGUUCAAUUUCGUUGGCAAAUUGCUGGGACCCAAAGGUAACUCCAUGAAACGCCUGCAAGAGGAAACCAUGUGCAAAAUGGCCGUACUUGGCCGUGGCUCUAUGCGGGAUCGCAAAAAGGAAGAGGAACUACGUGGCAGUGGUGAUAGUCGUUAUGCCCACCUUUUUGAGGAUUUACAUGUGGAAAUUUCAACAUUUGCUGCCCCAGCGGAGGCACAUGCCCGCAUCGCAUAUGCAUUGGCGGAAGUGCGAAGAUUUCUGGUGCCGGACUAUCACGAUGACAUACGACAAGAACAAAUGUGGGAAAUGCAGGCGUUAACCACCUCCUCCAAUGUGAAUGGCAACAGCAGUAGCAGCAACAGCAUUAAUGCCGUUGGCGCCAGCAGCAACAGCAAUUGCAGCAUUUCGAACAACGACCAUGAACAAGCCAUCAGUCCAAAUCAUCAUCUGAUUGAGGGUGGCAUUACAGACAUGGAUACAUCGAAUGAUGACAAAUCGGAUGAGUCAACAGGUAUGGAUUGCCUAACGAAUGAGAAAUUGGAUGGCACGGCAGCGCAGCUUAGAAUAAGAGCGCCCAACAACAUGGGAGUGGUGACGACCAAUAUAGCGGCAGAUCCUUUGAAAUUAACACCAAAUGCAACGCCAAUACAUCAUCCCUGUGCCAUGACUGUUACUCUGCAACACCAAUUAUCUGCAGUGGCUGCUGCGGCGGCCGGUAUGGGUGGCAUUUUGAAACCCUCACCUGCUGCAGUCACCGGUUUGGCGCCCAACCAACCACCCACAGGUUUGGCUUUACCCACCAGUGAAGCGGAUACUACCGCAGCCUCGGCUCUGACUUUUUUAGAAACUUCGGGAACACUGUUACAUCCUGCCUUGAGAAAUGUUAAGGCCAUUAAUAUUGCUGGAAACCUAACACGCAAACGUCCCCUAUUGGGUGUGCCACGCUCCAGCAUGAAUCCGACCAAGCGCACGGUUAUGACACUACUAGCUAGAACCAAAAAUGCUCAAGCCCUGCAUACGGUACGAAAUCCUGUGACGACGCCAACGCCCACACAUUUUGCCGAUUAUCGCGUUUUUAGCCCCUUACAAAUGUUGGCCUCACCCUUUAUAAUACCCCACCAUCAUCAGGCCAUGGAACAUCAUCACCAUCAGACCAUGUUGCCAUUGUCAAAAGAGAGUCUGAGUCAAGGUGUUUAAAUUGUGUAGAACAUGGUCCGCCUUCGAAAAUCAAGGAAAAUGAUGACAAAGCUACAACAAUACCAAAAACACAUGGGAGAUUAGCAAAAGUAACAACAAAAGUAAGGCAACUAUAACUGCGAUCCUAAUGAAAACAACAACAACAACAAAAACACAAACAAGAAAAAUACCCCGCCUCCUUAAACUACAAAGUAGAUAUACAAACAAACCCACACACUUCUUACAUCACACACAUUUGUUUAUUCACAUCAAGAUUUUAAGUUACAACAGUAAGCCUACACUCAUACAUACAUACACAUAAAUGGAUGUGAAGGCGUGUGUAUGCAUAUGGCAAGUGCAAAUAACAGCAACAGGAAAUUGCAUGCAUACAUGCCAACCUACAAGAAUACAAAGAAUGGACUCUAUACAGUCGGCAAAACAAGCAAGCAAUAUGUGUUAAAAGCAACAACACCAAACACACAUACAUACAAAGAAAAACUCAAAUUAAAUACUCAUGCAUGUUAACAUUCAUACGUACAUACCAACAACAACAUAUGUAAAUUUAUUAUAUGAUCCUUUAAGUUAACGCCAACUAAAACACAUUUCCACACACACACACACACACAAGAAAAACAAACAAAAUAUGUAACAACACAACAAAUAAAAAAGUAUUUAUAUAUUUACAAAAGCAAACGAAACAAGUGAAAUUUAUGAAAUUGAUUUACUUUAUGAGACGGAAGAUGUAUAAGAGCAACAAAAAACAACAAGAACAACAAAAAAUGGAUUAAAAAUAAUACCAAAUUUAGGGACUAAACGUAAUUUUAAGCUAAGCAUAUUUCACAAAACGAAACCAAACAAACAAACACACUGAAAAACUAAACACAAGCAACAAUAAAAGAAAAUAAGUGACUAUUAAAAAACUCCCAACUCUGUAAAUGCUCUCUUUUUCACCUCAGCCACCCACCAUGUGUGGCAGUCAUUGACAAAUUCGGUGUUGCCACUGUGUUGUGCGACCUGUUAAAUAGCCUAUUACAAUAGAUAGAGAGAGAGGUGAAUUUUAAGUUAGGCUAUGUUUAUAUUCAGAAUGAUCAAUCAAAAAUCUUUCAAAUUACACGAAGAUUACACUGUGUAAGCACAGUAUGCAACUCUGGUGAAAUUUUCGUUGUCAUAAGAAAUGCAAUGACAUAUCCCAAAGAAAAUUUUCGCAACCAGUAUCAUUGCCGAAAGUUUCGCUUAUUGGUACGCAGCUCAAA